UUCCAUUACCUAUCUAAUUUUCUUGUUUUUUUUUUAUUGAUUGUUAGUUGCUAUGGCCAAGAGUGUGGCUGCACAGUCUACUUUAGUUGAUGAAAGAGAUAGCUCAGCUGCAGCUUCACCUUCUCUUGACCAAAAGCAAGCCAUAGCAAAGCGUUGCUCUCAUGGUGUGCCAUUAAUAUUUUUCUUUAAUUAUGUAGUAAGUAAUUGCUGUGAGCUCUUGAUUGUUUUAUGUUGUAAUGGAUUAACAGAAGCUGUAUUGGCUGGAGCUAAAGCCGCUGCUGUUGCUACCGUUGCAACUGCCAUUCCAACUCUGGCAAGUGUGAGGAUGGUGCCUUGGGCAAGAGCCAAUAUCAAUCCCACUGGUCAAGCCCUCAUCGUAUCAACAGUGGCUGGAGCAGCAUAUUUCGUAGUUGCUGAUAAGACAGUUCUAGCCACAGCUCGAAGAAACUCCUUCAACGAUCAGUCUAACAUCGAGUAGCUACUAGCUACCCAAGUAAUUUAUUAACCCAAGAACCGUGGUUAUGUAAUCCAUCCAUCCAUCCAUCCAUCCAUCUUGCGUUCACAUCUGAAUAAAAUCGAGGUGUUUCUCCCUAUUAUAAUAGUUGAAGAAUCCUUAUAAUUGAAGUGGUGUCCUCCUAGGAGGGAGAAUCAUCAGCAAAUGAUCUGUGGUCAAGUCAACAGGGAAAUAGAUAAAAUUCAGAGGUGGGAGAAAAUAUAUAUAUAUGAAAAAGUCUAACUGGGUAAUUGAAAAAAUUGAGAGAGAAGCCAACACUUUAAAAAGAAUAAUAGAAGAUGGACAAUUUGAUUCAAUAAUUGACCACUGCCAAAAGAUGGAAUUUUCUCUUCACUUUCAACGCCACCAACCAUGGUGGUCGAACAUACCCACCAUAUAUCCUUUUAUCCUUGUAACUCUUCAUUUACUUAAUUUUCCUGUUUCUUAUUCUCCAGUAAUUACCAAAAAAAAAUAAAUCAUGUUCC